GCGACCACACUCGUACUUCAAAGUGCUGCCGCGGGAGUGCUCCUGAGGCAGCGCUUUGAAGUUUCGAGUGUAGCCACGGCCUUAGUUGGAACAGAGAAUCUCGCUCCCAGUAUCUAGGACCUAGCUCAGCAAAUGAGUGGCACAUUCUCUGCUGAAUGGUUAGUAACAGUUAAGGUUUUCCAGGUGCUCAGAUAGGGAAUAACUAGACAAUUUUGAAAUCAGUACCAGAAAGUUGUGAAAAUUAAUGCUUGAGGGACAUGAAUUUAUAUAGAAGCAUCAUAAUUUGUAAAUAACAGAAAAUGUGUUUACAUAUCAGAAAGCUAAGUGGCAUAAUGGCCUUUUAAUUUGAGAGAGACUGUCAUGUUUUAAUUGUAUGUAACAGUAUUUGAUAUUGGGCUUUAUUUUUCAAGUAAACAAUCCCUAUGAGGAUUUGUUAAUUUCAUAAAUUAUAUCAUGUCUGUUAGCCUGAAGGCUCAUAAAAUGCUUUGCACAAAUAUCUUUGUGUGUAUAUAUAGGAAUCAUUUCACCAAACACUGAAAUGCAGAUAUCUCUUGGGUGGAAUACAGCUGUUUUAUCAGUGCACUGCAAAACAUUAUAACAGGAAGUGAAGAAAACAGUAUUCACUGAAAUACAUACUGUUAGUGGAGUAAGCCUUAGAUUUGAAAUAUAAAGUGCAGACUCUCUAAAACUUUAGGUACAAAUCUGGGAAGGAAUAACUUAACUCUUUAUCUUUUUGAGCCAUAUAAACUGAAUUCCAUGCUAUUUACUGUUUGAAAUUUUUUCAGACAAAUGCUCUAUGUGAACAUUCAGUAUUUUGUUUACACCUUUUGUAGGAGUAAUAGUUAACAUGCUGUCCUUGGUCAAAAUGUUCCCCACACCACUGUUGUGCUGUAUGGUGUGCGUGUACCAAUAGUUCAUCCGAUUGCAACCGUGCAUCUGAAAGGUGACUGGCUGCAUUUCAAUUGUGAAGUCAAGCCAAGUCAAGCAUCAAUCUAUCGUCCCAUGUCAUUAUUGUCGGUGUGCUUCAAGGCACUGGAGCGCUUGGUCCUACAGCACAUAUUACCUGACGUGGAGAGAAUUUGACCCCUGACCAAGCCGGCUUUCACCGAGGCCGUAGCACAUGUGACCAAGUACUUGAACUGACUGCAUUUGUUGAAAAUGGCUUCCAGAGAAACUUGAAAACAGGCACUGCUUUCAUUGAUCUAACAGCAGUGUACGAUACAGUAUGGCACACUGGCCUGCUUGUGAAGGUAUCUUGGGUCCUGUUACCUUGGGUCACAGGCGUUGUUGAACUGUUCCUCCGCGAUAGGCAGUUCAGAGUCCAUAUUGGGGAGAAGACAAGUGCUUGGAGACAACAGAGCAAUGGGUUACCCCAGGGCUCUGUGCUUUCUCCAACCCAGUUCAACCUUUACAUCAAUGACCUGCCAGCAACAGAGUCACAAAAGUUCAUUUACACAGAUGACAUCUGUUGCGGUACCACAGGCACGGACGUUUCACGAGCUUGAUGCCACCUUAAACCGAGAUAUGAUAAAGUUAGCUGACUACUGUAAGACUUGGCGCCUCCAGGCAAGCAUCAUAAAAACAGUCUCCAGUUUGUUCCAUCUUCAUCACGUCAGCGCAACCCAAGAACUGAAUGUUUAUCUGAAUGGUCAAAAGGUGAAGCAUGAAGUAGAACCGGUCUAUCUAGGUCUGACCUUAGACCGCACACUGAGUUACCAUACCCAGCUGAAGAAGACAGCAGCUAAAGUUAAGACAUGUAACAACCUUCUUAGCAAAGUGGCAGGUUCGUUUGGGGUGCUCGUGUUCCAACUUUGCAGAUGUCAGCUCUUGCCACCUCGUAUUCGGUGGCAGAGUACUGCACACCAGUUGGAGUCAAUCAUCACACACCAAACUGGUGGAUACGCAGUUACGUGCUGCCAUGCGCAUCAUCUCUGGCACCCUGUGUCCGACCCCACUCCCAUGGCUUCCCGGUCUGAGCAAUACUGCUCCUCCUCAUAUCAGAUGAGAGGUUGCCACUGGCAAGUUACUGGAGAAAGUACACGCCAACCCAAGCCUGCCGCUGCACAAUGACCUUUUGAAACCACAGCUGCACGUUUGCCGUCACGUUGCCCAUUAUGGUCUCAUCUGCCACGCCAGGAUGUUAGGGUGGAAACCCGCUGGCGAGAGGAAUGGAUAUCUGUUAUUGUCCCAACCAUCCCUCAUCGCUGAUCCCACAAUCUGCCCACCUUGUUUUGACCUGCCCCGUCGCCAAUGUCUCUGUUGAACAGGUUCUGGACCGGGCAAGGUCUCUAUGCAGCCAAUCAGUAUCUCUAGGGCCUUUGUGACAGCCCUUUGUGCAACUGCGGCGCGACACAGACAAUGACGCACAUUGUCGAUGAAUGCCUGCUGACUAGGUUCAGUGGUGGCCUAGAAGAACUGCAUCACGCCACUGAAGAUGCCAUUGCUGGCUAGAUGACUAUGCACACGCUAAAUAAGUUGUGAAGUGAUGCCUGUGUGCACUGACUGUACUGUAGUUUGUAAAGCAUUUUGGGAUCUUUUCAAAUGACAGGGCUCUGUAAAAUGUCAUUAUUAGCAAGCAGAUUUGUGUGUCACGUUUUGUUAGAUGCUUUUUGAAUCUGCACUACUGAUUUCUUAUCUGGAAAGUGUUGACAGCGUGUUCUCCACUGUACAGGUCACUAAAGAAUUCACAGACCCGUCCAAGAAGCAUAACACAUUUAAUUUUUUUAGCACAUUUUAAAACAGCAGCAGCCAGUAGGAUUUGGACAUGACAGAAGCACCUGCAGCAUGUGCGAUGUGUCAUGUGGCUUUUUUCUAAUACAUUUUUGUUCAUGCUGUGGGUGUGCUACAAGAUGAGAGCUAUUUUUGAUUAAAACAGCCUCACACAUUAUUAACUCACAUUUUAUUUUUCCACGGUAUAACAAGCUCUCAAGAGGCUAAAUCAAUUAACUUUAGAAUAUUUUGUCAAGCGUGUUUUGUGUAUAAAAAGAAAGUAGGCAGUCUGCAACCUGGUUUUCUUCCUUACUUUAAACAGAAGAGUAUUGAUCAUGGAUAUCUUGAGAUAUUCAGUUAUCUCUAUGUAUGAACAAACCCAAAUCAGGCUCUGAAAUACUGAGUAAGAAGAUCAAUGUGCUCAUGUUUAUAGCUGUUACAUUUAAAAUAACAGCAAACUAAUACAGAGAAAAAUAGUACUUUCCAAAAAAUGGAGUUGCCCAUGAUAUUUCUGAGUAGUCUUCUCAAUAAAAUGUGCCUUUUUUAAUUCUGAGCAUUAAAGAACUGUAUAGAUUAUUAACAGUAAUCCCGUAUCAAAUUUUAGAGUUGCUAUGCAAUCUAAGAAGAAUGCUUGGGACAAGAAAGGUCACUUCAUGGUUUGGUAUUGUGCCUAGUACAAAGAUUAAAAGAAAGCAGUGCAAAACAAAGGCAAAAAAAGUAGGCAUGCUGCUUGUAAUGAAAAAACAUGUGAUGUAGGGGAAUCCCACUUAGAGAGAAAUUGAACUUAGUGUUUCCUCUUGCUGGUGAUAUGCUAAGAAUUUUAAGUUCUUAACCCGUUUGAAUUAUUACCUAUGAGUCUGAAGUUUUUAGAUGGAAGUUUGUACACAACUAAUGGGAACAGCUUUAGACUGAAGCCUUCAGACCAUCUUCAUGGCAGAACAUAAUGUAAAGCCCCAGCAUUUGGAGGAUUUGGCAUCAGGCAUCGGUACAUCAGCUAUGAGUAGCUCACCUACUUCUGGAGAGGCCCUGGAGAAGUAUAUGGCUGAUGUUUCCUCUAAAUAUAUUUGUCCUCUCUGCAAAAUGUUUCUGGAGAAUCCAGCACAGGUGCCAUGUGGUCACAACUACUGCAUGUCCUGCGUUGAAUGGUUAUUAAGAAACAUCCCUGAUCCAGACUGUUUACUGUGUGGAGAGAAAAUAGUCACUGAUGAUGCAAUUUUUAACUUCGGUUCUAUAAAACCAGAUGAAGUCAAGAGCAAGGAAAUUGCAAGAUUUACAAUCAAGGGUCUGAGGGAGGGUUUUCUUCAGUCUGGACCACUGGACCCAGAUGAGGAAGACCCAUUGACACCGAACUGGAACAGACGGAAGCAUUCGUUUCCCAAAUACUUUAUGUCCCAUCCAUUUGCCCUGUGGUUCCAGUGUCCAGUUCGAGAUGCAGACAUUCCAUAUGGAGUUUCAAGCAGUUUACUUCAGAUGGCUGAGAGGGCAGACAGAGUCUCUCCGGAUGGCCCUGGCUCAUCUCCUGAUGAAAACGAAUUUCCCUUUGGUUAUCCCACCAGCAUCUGUGAGAAUGUGCCCGAUCACAAAUACCUGUGCAGCAGCUGUAAUAACGUCUUGAAGAAAGCCCAGCAAACGCUAUGUGGGCAUAGAUACUGCUCGGCUUGCUUGUCAUGGGUUGUACGAAACAACAAAAACCCAAUUUGUCAGAAAUGUAAUGCAGAGGAUCCUGGAACUGUAAAUGAAGGAAGCUUAUUGACAGAAGAAAGGGCUUUCAGUGAUGCUGCCAUUAAUAAAGAGAUUUCUGAAUUCAAAGUGCACUGUGGGAUCCCUGGAUGCAGUUGGUCUGGUAUCAUGAAAAAUUUUGAAGACCAUCAGAGCCUAUGUGAAUACGCUUUAAUCCCUUGCCAUACCGGUUGUGGACAAAUGGUGAUGAGAAAGAAACUUGCAGAUCAUUUGGAGAAUGGAUGUGUUAAUAACAUGACCACGUGCCAGAAAUGUAAACGGAGGUUAUCCAGUAAUGAGUACCAAAAGCAUACGUGUGAAGGUAACUCAUUGAAGGAACAAAAACGGAUGCACACAGAAGGACCAUCAAAGGAAAAGAACCAUUCAACGCCAUUGAACAGCAAAAACGGCUGUCGGUUUUCUGAGAUCGGCUGUUCGUUUAGGGGCAGCAAAGAGAAGACAAAAGAGCAUGAAAAGACUGCGGUGGGGACCCACUUAAUGAUGCUGCUGCAGCAUAUAAAGCAACUCAAGGCCAGUUUGUGCCCUGCUGGUGGAGCUGCAAAUGGCAUCAUCCCACACUUAGCCAAAGCAGAGUCUAAAGUGAAGGGUUUGGAAAGAAAAGUCUCCGAUCUCCAGCUCCAAGGAGCCCUGGAAGUCAGUGGAGAUCUGGAAGUGGACUGUUUUCCUAGCUCAUCUGUUUGUGAGGAGGAGUCAAUUCUGCAACGGCUUGUAAGGGAGAAAGUGAUUUCUGAACUGGAAGACAAGUUGCACGUGUUUGAGAAUAUUGUGGCGGUGCUCAACAAGGAGGUGGAGACCUCUAACCUAGAGAUCGCAGCCUUUCGGACGAAGAGUGGAAUUGAUCAAGAUGUAAUACAAAGCCUGGAAUUGAAGAUUACAGAGCUGCACCGAUGUCUGACACAGAAAGAUGCAGGCCUGAGCAAACUCCAUAAGCGUCUCCAGUCUUUCGAACAAGCGUCCUACGAUGGAGUCUUUUUAUGGAAAAUUACAGAUGUCAACAGAAAGUACCAUGACUCUGUGACUGGAAGAGUAGUCAGUUUGUUUUCCCCAGCUUUCUACACUGCGAAAUAUGGCUACAAAGUCUGUCUGAGGAUUUAUCUGAAUGGCGAUGGAACAGGGAAAGGAACACAUGUUUCUCUCUUCUUUGUUGUCAUGAAAGGGGAGUAUGAUGCUCUGCUUCCGUGGCCUUUCAAACACAAGGUCACGUUUAUGAUGCUUGACCAAAACAACAGAGAGCAUGUAAUUGAUGCUUUUCGUCCAGAUCUGACUUCUGCUUCAUUUCAAAGGCCAGUGAGCGACAUGAAUGUUGCAAGUGGCUGUCCCAUGUUCCUCCCUUUGUGCAAAUUACAGUCACCCAAAUAUGCCUAUGUCAGAGAAGACACACUUUUCCUUAAGUGUAUUAUAGAAACAAAUUCAUAAACCCUGGAAUGAGGGUACUUGCCAAUACAGCCAUGCAAAGUCUGUCUAGGGAGAGCCUUCAGUUUGAAUCCUUGUGUGUAUUUUCAUGCCCACACAAAAUCCAGUGAGUCAGAUCCUGCAGCUCCACUGAAGUCAUCUACACCCGCUGCAGAUCUACUCAUUGUGUUUACUUUCUCCAUAGUGUCUUAGGCACAUUGCCUCAUGCCACCAGUGCAAGUGGUAUGUUGUUGAAAAUGAUCAAAAUAGUGUUUUAAAAAAAACCAGUUGAUACUCUUAAGUUCCAAACUGAGGGACAGAUUCUAGUCAGUCCCAGCACAGGUGCACGUGUCGGGAUGGUAGAAGGAGCAAGCCUCUUCUUCCCCCAUGCCUACCCGUUUCUCUCCACACACAUACACACCUGUCCAAGGGGCUGGCCAGAUUCCUGGUGGAGCAUAGUCCCUGCUCCUUUCUUGUGCUCCUGUGAUUGCCCAACUUCUGGAAAGAAAGGGGUGAAGGCUGAGCCUUAACUCUGAACCCUUUGUAGAGAAAUGAGUAUGCUGUACCCUCUCCAAAGAUUUGUAUUCUGUCUGUCAUUGCACUGGGAUUCAGAUUUUCCAAUCAGUCACACACAGAGACACACGCAUCAGCUAGCAUAAAUGGGUGUGUAACUUUGAAAGCAGUAGGUUGUGGCUGAAUGUUCAUAGCUUGAAUUCCUUACACUGUAUGAUAUGAUUUUGGUGUUUAUUUUACACACUGUAUAAAUAUUCUUGCACAUUAGCCAUGUGAUUGUUGGGUUCAGCCAGAUUUUAUUGUGUCAUAUGAAUCAUUACGUUGCAUCCUGUGAGUAGCCUUUGCUCUUACUAAAGGGAGGAGCUUGACUCUAGUAAGUGAGAAGAGGGAGUUCCCAUCGUGACCCUCAAUACAUUCCUACUUGCAUCAAGAACCCCACAUCCGCUGGUUCAAGCAGCAGAUAAAUUGCAUCUGUGGGGUUUUUUAAGUGCUCAAUCACUUUCUGAAACUCCAGGGCAAGUGACUUUAUUAUACAAUAUUUAUUUAUUUUAUCUUUUUUCUUUAUUUUUUAAUGUGCUCUGAUGGUGGGACCUUCCUCUGGGUCACAGUAAUUUUUAAAAUGUUUCAGUGAAAAUGUUCACUAGCAAAGUUUGUGGCGUUUAUUUUUUUAAAUAAAGCUAAGGAAUGAAUAACAAAAAUUGUAAAGGCUGGCAGCUAUUAUAUAAUAUGUAUGUAGGGUUGAAAUACAACCCUUUAUCCCAAAGAGAAAAUUACAAACACUCCCUUUGUCUCUACCCCAUUCUUUCUCCGUCCCUGCUCCCCUAACCUCAUAGCCUUCUCAUCACCGGCUUUCCCUUCUAACGGGCCAUUCUGGGUGGAUUCAGUGCAAUUCUUUUUGCUUUUGUUGCAUGAGUUCCUGAACUUUCAAGCAAAACCAUGCUAGCAUUGCAGCCUGUUUAUCUUAGGGUUUUCUGUAGCACCGAUCACUAUAGUAUCUAAGCACUUGGGGACUUAUGCCAAUACUUAUGCAUGUGAGUAACUUUACACAUGAAUAACCCUUUUGAAGUCUAUGGGAGUUCUCAUAUGAGUAAAGUUACUCAUGUGUUUAAGUUUAGCCUCAGUGGACCACUGAGAGGAUUUUGAACCCAGUACACUUUAACCGCUGAUUAAAUCCUGUCAUGGGUUCACAGACCCCUCAGAGCUACAGUUACUCCCUGCUGAGAGCAAACUGAAGAAUGGACACUGAGAAGAAUGGAGUGAGGGAGCAAAACAUCAAUGAUGAAAGAAGAAUGACUACAUGGUAGCAAUUAGCCAGGGAAAACAGAGAAGACAAUUCCAUAUAAGAUGAGGAAGAGAAGGAGAGAGACCGCAAUUCUCCAAUAGGUUGCAGAGCAGUGAAUUAUUUUUGGAUUGAUGCUGUAACUCGCAGGAUUGCAGUGGUAACUCAGGUCCCUGUCAAAUUGUUUGAAAGCCCAAAUACUGCAAGCGAUCCUCCUGGUGCCACAGCAAAGGAGUCUAUGCUUGGUACUGCAGUGCACUCCUGUGACAUCCGUGGGGCUGUGGGAAUUAACUUUUACAGUAUAGGUCAGAAGUGUUGGGAAAAUCUUUCCGAUGUCAUUUAACCCUCUUUCAUGGGAAAUCCGAUGGACAGGGAUUGUGAAGGAAAAUGUUGGAAUACGGAAGUGUAAUUCCAAAGAUCUGCCACUGAUUCUGAAAUCUUCAAAGAAUGAGAGGAAAUUGUGCCGCAAAGCAGAAAGAGAAGCCUAUCAAAGCCCCAUUGCUUGGGACAUUGGAAACUAGCAUUUACCAAUAUCUUCUAGUGAACAAUUUGGCACAGGCAGGAGACUGAACUAUAGUUAAACUAAUGGAUCUUUUUGAUUGCUGAUUUCUACAGUGCCUCUGAACUCUGCAAGUCAAGUUUUCACUAAAGCGACCUAAAGAGCAGUAUAAUAAGCCUUAAUAGACAGUGCAUUAUUUACAGUACUAGUGAAGUGAAGGAGGAUGAAGGAUAGUUAAGCACUGGAAUAGAUUACUGGGGAGGAUGUAGAACUCCCAUUCUUGGAGGUAUUUAAGACCAUGUUAGACAAACUUCUGUCAGGGAUGGUCUUUGAGUAUAGAAAGCAAACUGCCAAAGCACAUCAGACUAUAGCCUUUAAAAAUCUCCAGUGAGUAUUCCUAUGGAAUCUCUUUGCAACCUCCACUUCUCUGUACCACGUUACACAUGGUAAGUAGCAUCUCUGAACUUGGGAUGCUUGGAAGUUGUCAUGCAUUUAUCAGUUAAUCUAGUGAAUCAGUUCCACAGAGAAAUCUAUAUUCAAUAGAUUAAAGGGCUUCAAGACUUGAAGUUUACAAUGAAAGACAUUCUGGAGCCACUGUGGAAUAGCCUGUUUCAUUCACAGUAAACCAGCAGCACUGUUUUACAUGGGAUUUAUAAGGACUGAGUCUGGCUGACAUGAUUAUUUUAAAAUAUGGACUUUAAAAUACUGCCUGUAAGUGCUGAAUUUUUGGUAGUGCUUAGGAACGUGACAGAAGGGUGGCAGAAAAAAUAGCUCUGAGUUGUAAUGAAAAACAACUUGUGUUAAUAUUGUGAGGAAAAUCUGAGCCAUUUACUUUUUAUAGAAAUUUAUUUUAAAAUUCACUCCUUGCAGAAAAUGGUUAUCAGAUAAUUCAGAUGCAAAACAAAAUAUUUAAAGAGAUACUGUCAGCACCCUAACGUGUGAGUUUGGGCAGCAGAAGGGCACAGAGUUCAUAAUAUAGCCCCCAAUCCUGAAUUAGAUCAGCUUCCAGGAACAGGGUUAACUAUUUUCCCAAAUCCCCCAGUGCUGUGCCUGAUUUGUGAGAAGCAGUUGAAACUGUUAGUCUGCUUUUAUUGUGCAAGCUGAAAUACAAACCCUAGUUAGACGUGCAGCAGAAAUGAUGGAAAGUCCUUUUACUCUUCAUAAUCUCAAGUGUCUUUGCUGACCCAGGGGUGGAUUUUUCAAAUCCCUUGUUUUUCUCUUGCCAGUGCCCUUCUCAAUAAUUAGUUGUAAUGAAAUAUCAGAUUUCCAAAAACUACAGACAAAUAACUGAAUAAGCUUGCUUAUGAAAGAGUUGGGUGUUCUGUCUCUCUCUCUCUCUCUUUUCUAGGCUUAAUAUUUUCAAGCAUGUUAAAAAUGUUUUUUUAGGGGCAGAAAAAGUAUUUUUCCUGUAAUAUCAGUCCAUAUGACCACUGUGAAGUAGUAUGUGGGGAAAAAAUUACUCUUUGUAAUUACCUGUGUAAUUUUAGAAAGUGGAGUUUUUACA